GUGGGAGGGGAACCAAGGGAGGAACCCCUAUAGGUAAAGAGCAGCAGAAUUCUAACCUUGAAGUUAUUCCCGCCCCAUUCAUGUUUUCGACCAAUUAGAGGAGUUUUUUCACACUUCCAUGGGAGAGAUUGAUUUUUGACUCUGCCCGCAGCUCUACCAUUUCUUAAAGUGCCAUCAGCCUGAGUUCCUAGAGCCAGGUGCGAGUUGCGCCAGUGCGCAUGCACGAGGCACAAGCCACUCCUAGGGUCAUUGUGACUUUCACCGUUGCCAAGCAACGGGCUCCUGAGACCUGGCAAUGGAUAAGCACCCUGUGGCAGUGAGUCAGAAACAAGACUCAGGCCACGCCUCGCCAGGACGUUCACAGGAAACUCUCUGGAGGCCAGGAUUCAUGAACGGUCGAACAAGAGAAAGAAACUUAAGGUGGAGGGAUCGCAGGAAGCAGCCUGGAAUCUCAGCCUCAGGCCUGUGCCAAGAGAGUACAGGUGGGUGUCCCCAAUUUGUCUUGGCCUGGUCAUCUCGAAGUACACAUCUUCAUGUGUGCCCAUGAGCUGCUCUCUCACCCAGUGGUCAUAGUCAUGAAGAGCAGAACCCUGCAGCUUCAGGGACUGCCUGGAGCUGGGUUUUACUGUGCCACUGCUGUAUGUCUGUGUGUGUGGGUGUGUAUGUAUUGUUUGUUGUGUGCACACGUAUGUCUGUUUCAGAUUAAUCUCUCUCUCGCACUCUCUUUCUCUCUCUGUACAUCUGUGUGCACGUGAGUGUGUGUGUGUGUGUGUUGGGGCGCAUGACCCUGUCUGACAGAGAGCGGUUUCUUGCACGACGGCCUUUCUUUUGGUGAACUUCUCCCUGUGUUUCUGCCUGGGUUGUGUGGCCGGUUGUCAGUCGUUUACCCGGCAAUUCCAGCUGACAUUUCGGGAGGAAGGUCUAGGCAAACUAUGGAGGGAGCUAUGGGGGCCCAGCGUAUAUUUCGAUCACCUGCCCAUCCUGAACUGCCUCUUUCAUGGGACCAAGAAAAUCACAGCACAGCCAAGGACAAAAGCCUCAGCACAGCUCACAGCUCACCUGCAGGAGGGGUAAACAUAAAUCUCAAGGAAGAUAGUUCUCACUUCGCUCGCUUCUGACCUCAUUGAGAAAUCUAGCCACAGCUCCAUACAGGAACCACAAGGAUGCCAAGAACGGGAUGUAGCAAGCAUCUCUAUCCCUCCAACGCUGGCCUUUCUGGCCAAGUCAACCAUUUGGCACUCCUCUUCGGAUGCCCGUGGCAGUGGCAUUGUGCUGUAUUUGGCCUGGAUUCUGGCCUAUGCUCUGUCCUCCCUCUAUCUCUGUCUACCCUCUUUCUGAGAAGCCUAAAGGCUUCCUGAUCUGGCUAAGUGUCUUCACCAUAGAACACUUCCCAGUCCAGCAGGGAGGAAGUACUUGGGGAUUUGUUUCCCAUCUGUUUCUUCUCCAAACCUGUUUUUCAAUGAUUGGGCAGGUGCGAUGAAGGUGGAGCCGGGGGCUUCCAUCCCUGCCCCGGACAGGGAAGCUUUCUCAGUCUCCAUGAGAAAUCUUGGAAGGCUGCAUCAAAGUCUCCAUGGAAGGCUGCGUGGCUGCCCUUUGGCUUCUCCAAAAAGUGCUGGUGCAAUUCACCUGCACUUCUCUGGUUCUUGAGGACCACCUGUCACUAUGCGUUUGGGGAAAGUGCCUUCAAGCACUGAAUGUUUUGGCUGCCAUGGUUGCCAGGGAGCAAGUGAAGGGGACUGGGUUUAACUGGGUGCAGGGGUUGUUGCAUCAGGUGUACCUGCUGGGAGGCGGGGUGGGAACACAAUGCCUUGUGGUCCCUGAUAUCUUUCUGUUUCCCACUGAGGCCCUUCUGCCCCUCUCCAUUGUAACUCUAUCCCUGCUUACCCUGUGGGAUCCAAAAUUGAAUCUGAAGAGGAAUGGGGAGAGCCCAUCGGGCACGCUGAAGCUUCUCCUUCAUCAGUAGCUGAAGCAGAAGAGCUCCGGAGGCAGUCCUGAGAACAAGAGUCUUAGGAAUCCGACCCCAGCUUUGUCACACAUAUGUCUGUUUCCCACAGCUCACCAAACCUGCUGCUUUUGCCAUGUGGAUGGUCAGGUUGGGACACCAUGCCUUGUGGUCCCUGAGAUAUUUCUGUGCCCAGUGCCAACCUUCCCACCCCAAUCCAUUGUAACCCCAUCCCUAUUUACCCGGUGGGAUCCAAAGAGGACUGGAAAGAGCCCAUCGGGUACCCUGAAGUUUCUCCUCCGCCGGAGCUGAAGCAGAAGAGUGCUGGAGGCGGUCCUGAGGACAAGAGUCUUAUGGAUUUGACCCCAGCUUUGUCACUUGUACUGGUGUUUCCCAGGGCUCCCCAAACCAGCUGCUUUUGCCACCCAGGUGGUGGGGUGGAGACACCACUCCUUGAGGUUGCUGACAUCUUUCUGUGCCCCAGUGAGGCCCUUCCUGCCCCUCUCCAUUGUCACCCCAUCCCUGCUUCCCCAGUGGUAUCAAAGAUCGGAUUCAAAGAGGGAAGGAGAGAGCCCAUCAGACACCCUGGAGCCAGGAGCCAAAACAGAAGAGUACUGAAGGAGGUCCUGAGGACAGGAGUCUUAUGGGUUUGACCCUGGCUAUGUUGCACAUACACCCAAUUUCACAGCUAUUCAAACCUGCUGCUUUCACUACCCACCAACACCACUGUAGUCCCACCUGCCUCAGCCAUUUCUGCAAGCGGCUACAGCCUGAGUUUCCUGAGCAAGGUGCGAGUCAGCGUCACCAAUGAGCAUGCAUGAGGCACAAGCCACUCCUAAGGGGAUUGUGACAUUCACCAUUGAAUGGCGACGGGAUCCUGAGUGUUGGCAAAUGAGGAGUUUCCUGAGGCAGUGUGUCAGAAACAAGGCUUAGGCCACUAGUCACCAGGACCUCCACAGGAUAGUCUCCAGAGACUAGGACUCCCAAUGGGUUGACCAGGAUUCGCAGAGGGUCGACCAGGAGGAAGAAAUCUCAGGUGGAGGGUUCCGCUGGGGAGCAGCGUAGAAUUGCAGCCUAAGGCCUGUGACAAGGGAGUACAUGGGAGUCUCCUGAAAUGUCUUACCCUGGUUAUCUCGAGUACACAUCUUCCUGGGUGCACAUGGGCUGCUCUCUCACUCUCACCAGAGGGUUGUCAGUCAUGAAGAGCAGAACCCUGCAGCCUCAGGGACUGUCUGCCGCUGGGUGUUUCUGUGCCACUUCUGCUUAUCUGUGUGUGGUGGCUUGUGUGUGUCUGUCUGUUUGAGUUUGUGCGCGUGUAUGUCUCUGUCUGUGAUUAUGUCUGUCUUCUUUCCCACUCUCUUUCUCUCUCUCUGUGCAUCUGUCUGUGCGUGUUGGGAUGCAUGACCCUGUGUGCCAGAGAGUGGAUUCUUGCACCACAGCCUUUCUUUUGACGAGUCUCUCCCUGUGUUGCUGCCUGGAUUGUGUGACCGGUGGUCAGUUUUUUUGCCAGCAAUUCCAGAUGGCUUUGGCCUGGGGAGGCGUGGGCAAUGUGGGGAGGGAGAUGUGUUGGGCCACCAUAUGUGUCAAUCACCUCCCCAUCCUGAGAGGCCUCUUUCUGUGGACCAAGGCGGUCACACCCCAGCCAAGGACAAAAGCCUCAGCAUACAAUGAGUCCAUCUGUAAGAGGGUUGCCAACCCACUUCAAAGAAGACUGUUCUCACUUCUGUCACCCAUAACCUCAUUGAGAAAUCUAGCCACAGCUCCACACAGGAACCACAAGGAUGCCAAGAAUGGGAUGUGGCAAGCUUCUCUGUCCCUCCAACGCUGGCCUUUCUAGUCAAGUCAACCAUUUGGCACUCCUCCCGGAUGUGUGUUGGGAUGCGUUGUGCUGUAUUUGGCCUGGACCCUGGCCUAUGCUCUGUCUUCCCUCUUUCUCUGUGUGCCCUCUUUCUGAGAAGUGUAGAGGCACUUCCUUGUCUGGCUCAGUGUCUUCAACAUAGAACUCUUCCCAAUCCAGCAGGGAGGAAGUUGGUGGAGAUAAAUUUUUCAUCUGUUUCCACUCCACACCUGUUUCUGGGUGAUUGAGCAGGGGCAAUGAUGUGGAGCCAUGGGCUUCCAUACCUGCCAAGGAAAGGGAAGCUUUGUCAGUCUCCAUAUCCUAGUAGAUGGCUGUGUGGCUCCCCUCUGGUUUCUCCAAAAUGUGCUGUUUCAAUUCACCUGCACUUGUUCUCUUAUUCUUGAGGGCCAUCUGUCACUAUGCUCCUGGUGAAAGUGCCUUCAAGCACUGAAUCUUUUAGCUGACAUGGAUGCCAGGGAGCGAGUCAAGGGGACUGGGUUUCCCUGGGUGCCGGUGUUCUGGCAUCAGGGGUACCUGCCAGGUGGGGGCACCAUGACUUGAGGUCCCUGAGAUGUUUCUGUGCCCAGUGAGGCCCUUCCCGCAUCUCUCCAUUGUAACCCCAUCCCUGCUUAUGCUGUGGGAUCCAAAAUCGGAUCCGAAGAGGAGUGGGGAGAGCCCAUUGGGCACCCUGAAGUUUCUCCUCCACCAGGAGCUGAAGCAGAAGAGCGCUGGAGGUGGUCCUGAGGAUAAGAGUCUUAUGCAUUUGACCCCAGCUUUGUCACAUGUACGAGCAUUUUCCACAGCUCCCCAAACCUGCUUCUUUUGCCACUUGGGUGGCGGGGUGGGGAAACCAGGCGUUGAGGUGGCAGACAUCUUUCUGUGCCCCAGUGAGGCCCUUCCUGCCCCUCUCCAUUGUAACCCCAUCCUGCUAACAAGGUGGGAUGCAAAAUCGGAUCUGAAGAGGAGUCCGGAGAGCUCCUCGAGCACUCUGAACCUUCUACCCUGCCAGAAGCCAAAGCAGAAGAGUGCUGGAGGUGGUCUUGAAGACAAGAGUCUUAUGGAUUUGACCCCAGGUUUGUCCCACAUAUGUCCAUUUCCCCGACUCCCAAACCUGCUGCGUGUGCCACCCGGGUGGCGGGGUGGGGCAACUGUGCCUUGAGGUUGCUGACAUAUUUCUGUGCCCCAGUGGGGCCCUUCCUGCCCCUCUCCAUUGUCACCCAUCCCUGCUUACCCGGUGGGAUCGAAGAUCAGAUUCAAAGAGGAUAGGGGAGUGCCCAUCAGGCACCCUGAAGUCAGGAGCUGAAACAGAAGAGCACUGAAGGAGGUCCUGAGGACAGGAGUCUUAAGGGUUUGACCGUGGCUGUGUUGCACAUACACCUGCUUCUCAUGGCUCCCCAAUCCUGCUACUUUCACUCCCCACCACCACCACUGUAGUCCUAGUAGCUGCGGUCAUUUUCUUAUUGGGCUGCAGCUUCAGUUCCGGAAGCAGGUGGUAUUUGGCCUCACCAGUGUGCAUGAAUGGGGCACAAGCCGCUUCUCAGGGGAUUGUGAAGUUCACCAUUGAAUGGCGACGGGAUCCUGAGACUUGGCAAAGGAAGAGUUUCCUGUGGCAGUGUGUCAGAAACAAGGCUUAGGCCACUCCUCACCAGGACCUCCACCAGAUAGUCUCCAGAGACCCAGACUCACAGUGGGUUGACUAGGUUUCAAAGAGGGUCAACCAGGAGGAAGAAAUCUCAGGUGGAGGGUUCUCUUUGGGAGCAGCAUAGAAUUCCAGCCUCAGGCCUCUGACAAGGGAGUACAGGUGAGUCUCCCCAAAUAUCUUGCCUGUGUUAUCUAGAGUACACAUCUUCCUGUGUGCACAUGGGCUGCUCUCUCACUCUCACCAGACGGUUGUUAGUCAUGAAGAACAGAAGCCUGCAGCCUCAGGGACUGCCUGCAGCUGGGUGUUUCUGUGCCACCUCUGCUUAUCUGUGUAUGGUGGGGUGUGCGUGUGUGUGUGUUUGAGUGUGUGCACAUGUAUGUCUCUCUGUCCGUGAUUAUGUUUCUCUGUUAUUUCCCGCUCUCUUUCUCUCUCUCUCUGCAUCUAUGUGUGCGUGUUGGGACGCAUGGCCCUGUGUGCCAGAGAGCGGUUUCUUGCAACACGGCCUUUCUUUUGACGAGUAUCUUUCUGUGUCGCUGCCUGUCAUGUGACUGGUUGGCAGUCAUUUCCCCAGCAAUUCCAGUUGGCUUUUGCCAGGGAAGGCAUAGGCAAUGUGGGGAGGGAGAUGCGUUGUGCCACCAUAUGUUUCAGUCACCUCCCCAUCCUGAGAUGCCUCUUUCUGAGGACCAAGACGAUGAAACCCCAGCCAAGGACAAAAGCCUCAGCAUAGCUCAUUGUCCACCUUCAGGAGGGUUGCCCACCCACCUCAAAGAAGACUGUUCUCACUUCUCUCACCCAUAACCUCAUUGAGAAAUCUAGCCACAGCUCCACACAGGAACCACAAGGAUGCCAAGAACGGGAUGUAGCAAGCAUCUCUGUCCCUCCAAUGCUGAACUUUCUGGCUAAGUCACGCAUUUUGCACUCCUCCUCGGAUGCCCAUGGCAGUGGCAUUGUGCUGUAUUUGACCUGGAUUCUGACCCAUGCUCUCUCCUCCCUCUUUCUCUGUCUGCCCUCUUUCUGAGAAGCUUAAAGGCUUCCUGAUCUGGCUACGUGUGUUCAACAUAGAACACUUCCCAGUCCAGCAGGGAGGAAGUACUUGGGGAUCUGUUUCCCAUCUCUUUCCUCUCCAAACCUGUUUCUCAGUGAUUGGGCAGGUUCGAUGAAGGUGGAGAUGUGGGCUUUCAUACCUGCCCAAGACAGGGAAGCUUUCUCAGUCUCCAUGAGAAUGCUUAGAAGGCUGAGUGGAAGUCUCCACGGAAGGCUGCAUGGCUGCCCUUUGGCUUCUCCAAAAGGUGCUGGUGUAAUUCAUCUGCUCUUGUCUCAUCCUUGAGAGCCAUCCCUCAUUAUGCCCCAGGGGAAUGUGCCUUCCAGCACUAAAUCUUUUGUCUUCCAUGGAUGCCAGGGAGCAAGGGAAAGGGACUGCAUGUAACUGGGUGCAGGGGUUGUUGCAUCAGGUGUUCCUGCCGGAAAGUGGGGUGGGAACACAGUGCCUUGAGGUCCCCGAUAUCUUUCUGUUUCCCGCUGAGGCCCUUCCUGACCCUCCCCAUUGUAACUCUAUCCCUGCUUACCUGAUGGGAUCCAAAAUUGGAUCUGAAGACGAAUGGGGAGAGCCUAUCAGGCACCUUGAAGCUACUCCUCCAUCAGGAGCUGAUGCAGAAAAGCACUGGAGGCAGUCCAGUGAACAAGAGUCUUAUGGAUUUCACCCCAGCUAUGUCGCACAUUUGCCUGUUUCCCACGGCUCUUUACACCUGCUGUUUUUGCCAUGUGGGUGGUCGGUUGGGGACACCAUGCCUUGAGGUCCCUGAGAUCUUUCUGUGCCCAGUGUCAACCUUCCCGCCCCUCUCCAUUGUAACCCCUUCCCUACUUACCCAGUGGGAUCCAAAAUCGGAUCCGAAGAGGAGUGGGGAGAGCCCAUCGGGCACCCUGAAGCUUCUCCUCCGCCAGAGCUGAAGCAGAAGAGUGCUGGAGGUGGUCCUGAGGACAAGUGUCUUAUGGAUGUGACCCCAGCAUUGUCACAUGUACGAGAGUUUCCCACGGCUCCCCAAACCAGCUGCUUUUGCCACCUGGGUGGUGGGGUGGGGACACUGCGCCUUGAGGUCGCUGACAUCUUUCUGUGCCCCAGUGAGGCCGUUGCCGUCCCUCUCCAUUGUCACCCCAUCCCUGUUUCCCCGGUGGGAUCCAACAUCGGAUUCAAAGAGGAAAGGGUGCCGAUCAGGCACCCUGAAGCCAGGAGCCUAAACACAAGAGCACUGAAGGAGAUCCUGAGGACAGGAGUCUUAUGGGUUUUACUCGGGCUGUGUUGCACAUACACCCGUUUUCACGGCUCCCCAAACCUGCUGCUACCCACCACCACCACUGCAGUCCUACCUGCCUCAGCCAUUUCUGCGAGUGGCUACAGCCUGAGUUUCCUGAGCAAGGUGUGAGUCAGCGUCACCCAUGUGCAUGCUUGAGGCACAAGCCGCUCUUCAGGGGAUUGUGAGGUUCACCAUUGAACGGCGAUGGGAUCCGGAAACUUGGCAAAGCAGUAGUUUCCUGAGGCAGUGUGUCAGAAACAAGGCUGAGGCCACUCCUCACCAGGACCUCCACAGGAUAGUCUCCAGAGACCAGGACUCUCAGUGGGUUGACCAGGAUUUGCAGAGGGUCGACCAGGAGGAAGAAAUCUCAGGUGGAGGGUUCCCCUGGGGAGCAACGUGGAAUUCCAGCCUCAGGCCUGUGACAAGGGAGUACAGGUGAGUCUCUCCAAAUGUCUUGCCUGGUUAUCUCGAGUACACGUUUUCCUGUGUGCACAUGGGCUGCUCUCUCACUCUCACCAGAGGGUUGUUAGUCAUGAAGAGCAGAACCCUGCAGCCUCAGGGACUGCAUGCGGCUGGGUGUUUCAGUGCCACUUCUACUUAUCUGGUUGGUGGCGUGUGUGUAUGUGUGUUUGAGUGUGUGCGCGUGUAUGUCUCCCUGUCUGUGAUUAUGCCUCUCUCUCCUUUCCCGCUCUCUUUCUCUCUCUCUGCGCAUCUGUGUGCAUGUUGGGAUGCAUGGCCCUGUGUGCCAGAGAGCAGUUUCUUGCACCACAGCCUUUCUUUUGAUGAGUCUCUGUGUCUCUGCCUGGGUCUUGUGACUGGUUGUCAGUCGAUUCCCCAGCAAUUCCAGAUGGCUUUUGCCAGGGGAGGCUUGGGCAACGUGGGGAGGGAGAUGCGUCAGGCCACCAUCUUUUCAAUCACCUCCCUAUUCUGAGAGGCCUCUUUCUGUGGACCAAGAGGAUCACACCCCAACCAAGGACAAAAGCCUCAGCAUAGCUCAUUGACCACCCACCUCAGAGAAGACUGUUCUCACUUCUCUCACCCGUAACCUCAUUGAGAAAUCUAGCCACAGCUCCACACAGGAAUUACAAGGGUGCCAAGAACGAAAUGUGGCAAGCUUCUCUGUCCCUCCAACGCUGGCCAUUUUGGCCAAGUCAACCAUUUGGCACUCCUUCUCUGGUGCCCGUGGCAGUGGCAUUUUCUUUAUUUGGCCUGGAUUCCGGCCUGUGCUCUAUCCUCCCUUUUUCUCUGUCUGCCCUCUUUCUGAGAAGACUAAAGGCUUCCUGAUUUGGCUAAGUGUCUUCAACAUAGAAUACUUUCUGUCCAGCAGGAAGGAAGUACUUGGGGAUCUGUUUCUGUCUUGUUUCUUCUCCAAACCUGUUUCUCAAUGAUUGGGCAGGUGGGAUGAAGUUGGAGGUGUGGGCUUCCAUCCCUGCCUGCGACAGGGAAGCUUUCUCAGUCUCCAUGAGAAAGCUUGGAAGGCUGUGUGGACAUCUCCAUGGAAGGCUGAGUGGCUUCCCUUUGGCUUCUUCAAAAGGUGCUGGUGCAAUUCACCUGCACUUCUCUGGUUCUUGAGGGCCAUCCAUCACUAUGCCCCUGGGGAAAGUGCCUUCUUGAGGGCCAUCCAUCCCUUUGCCCCUGGGGAAAGCACUGAACCUUUUGGCUGCCAUGGAUGCCAGAGAGCAAGGGUAGGGGACUGCGUUUUACUGGGUCCAAGGGUUGUUUCAUCAGGUGUACCUGCCAGUAGGUGGGGUGGGAACACAAUGCCUUGAGGUCCCUGAUAUCUUUCGUUUUCCCACUCAGGCCCUUUCUGCCCCUCUCUAUUGUAACUCCAAUCCUGCUUACCCAGUGGGAUAUAAAAUUGGAUCCAAAGAGGAAUGGGGAGAGCCCAUCAGGCACCCUGAAGCUUCUCCUCCAUCUGCAGCUAAAGCAGAGGAGCACUGGAGGCAGUCCUGAGAAGAAGAGUUUUAUAGAUUUGACCCCAGCUUUGUCGCACAUAUGCGUGUUUCCCACUGCUCUCCAAACCUGCUGCUUUUGCCACCCGGGUGGUGGGGUGGGGACAUCAUGUCUUGAGUUUGCUGACAUCUUUCUGUGCCCCAGUGAGGCCCUUCCCACCCCUCUCCAUUGUCACCCCAUCCCUGCUUACCCGAUAGCAUCCAAAAUCAGAUUCAAAAAGGAAAGGGGAGAGCCCUUUAGACACCCUGAAGCCAGGAGCCAAAACAGAAGAGCACUGAAGGAGGUCCUGAGGACAGGAGUCUUAUGGGUUUGACCACGGCUGUGUUGCACAUACACCCGUUUUCAUGGCUCCCCAAACCUGCUGCUUUCACUACUCGCCACCACCACUGCAGUCCUACCUGCCUCAACCAUUUCUGCAAGCAGCUACAGCCUGAGUCUCCGGAGCAAGGUGCGAGUCAGCGUCACCAAUGCGCAUGCAUGAGGCACAAGCUGCUCCUCAGGGGAUUGUGAGGUUCACCACUGAAUGGCGACAAGAAUCUGAAAGUGGGCACAGGAGGAGUUUCCUGAGGCAGUGUGUCAGAAACAAGACUUAGGCCACUCCUCACCAGGACCUCCACAGGAUAGUCUCCAGAGACCAGGACUCGAAGUGGGUUGACCAGGAGGAAGAAAUCUCAGGUGGAGGGUUCCCCUGGGGAGCAGCGUGGAAUUCCAGCCUCAGGCCUGUGACAAGGGAGUACAGGUGAGUCUCCCCAAAUGUCUUGCCCUGGUUAUCUCCAGUACACAUCUUUCUGUGUGCACAUGGACUGCUCUCUCAGUCUCACCAGAGUGUUGCUAGUCAUGAAGAGCAGAACCCUGCAGCCUCAGGGACUGCCUGUGGCUGGGUGUUUCUGUGCCACUUCUGCUUAUCUGUGUGGUGGCGUGUAUGUGUGUGUUUGAGUGUGUGCGCAUGUAUGUCUCUGUCUGUGAUUAUGUCUCUCUCCUUUCCCGCUCUCUUUCUCUCUCUCUGUGCAUCUGUGUGUGUGUGUUGGGAUGCAUGGCCCUGUGUGCCAGAGAGAGAUUUCUUGCACCACAGCCUAUCUUUUGAUCAGUCUCUGUGUCGCUGCCUGGGUCCUGUGGCUGGUUGUCAGUCAUUUCCCCUGCAAUUCCAGAUGGCUUUUGCCAGGGGAGGCAUGGGAAACAUGGGGAGGGAGAUGCAUCAGGCCACCAUAUGUUUCCAUCACCUCCCCAUCCUGAGAGGCCUCUUUCUGAGGACCAAGAUGAUCACACCCCAGCCAAGGAAAAAAGCCUCAGCCUAGCUCAUUGUCCACUUGCAGGAGGGUUGCCCACCCACUUCAAAGAAGGCUGUUCUCUCUUCUCUCACCCAUAACCUCAUUGAGAAUUCCAGCCACAGCUCCACACGGAACCACCAGGAUGCCAGGAGUGAAAUGUGGCAAACUUCUCUGUCACUCCAACACUGGACUUUCUGGCUAAGUCAACCAUUUGGCACUCCUCCCCGGAUGUGUGUUGGGAUGCAUUGUGCUGUAUUUGGCCUGGAGUCUGGCCUGUGCUCUGUCCUCCCUAUUUCUUUGUCAGCCCUCUUUUUGAAAAUCCUAGCGGCUUCCUGAUGUGGCUCAGUGUCUUCAGCAUAGAACACUUCUUGGUCCAGUAGGGAGGAAGUUCAUGCGGAUCCGUUUCCUGCCUGUUUCCCCUCCACACCUGUUUCUGGAUGAUUGAGCAGGUACAAUGACGGUGGAGCUGUGGGCUUUUAUACCCGCCCGGGACAGGGAAGCUUUCUCAGUCUCCAUGUCCCACUGGAUGACUGCGUGGCUGCCCUCUGGCUUCUGCAAAAUGUGCUGUUGCAAUUCACCUGCAAUUCUUCUCAUUCUUGAGGGCCAUCUGUCAUUAUGCCCCUGGGAAAGUGCCUUCCAGCACUGAAUCUUUUGGCUGCCAUGGAUGCCAGGGAGCGAGCCAAGGGAACUGCGUUUUGUGGGGUGCAGGGAUUGUUGCAUCACAAGUACCUGCCAGGUGGCAGGGUGGGGACACUAUGCCUUGAGGUCCCUGAGAUUUUUCUGUCCACAGUGAGGUCCUUCCCUCCUGUCUCUAUUGUAACCCCAUCUCUGCUUACCCAGUGGGAUCCAAAAUUGAAUCUGUAUAGGAGUAGGGAGAGCCCAUUGGGCACCUUGAAACUUUUUAUCCACCAGAAGCCAAAGCACAAGAGUGCUGGAGGUGGUCUUGAGGAUAAGAGUCUUAUGGAUUUGACCCUGCUUUGUGGCAUGUAUGCCCAUUUCCCAUGGCUUCCCAAACCUGCUGCUUUUGCCACCUGGGUGGCGAGGUGUGGACACCAUGCCUUGAGUUGCCUGAGGUCUUUCUGUGUCCAGCAAGAACCUUCCCGCCCCUCUCCAUUGUAACUCCAUCCCUGCUUACCUGGUGGGAUCCGAAAUCGGAUCCGAAGAGAAGUGGGGAGAGCCCAUCGGGCACCCUGAAGCCAGGAGCCAAAGCGGAAGAGCACUGAAGGAGGUCCUGAGGACAGGAGUCUUAUGAGUUAUAUCCCGGCUGUGUUGCACAUACACCCAUUUCCCACGGUUCCCCAAACCUGCUGCUUUCACUCCCCACCACCACCACUGUAGUCCUAACAGCCUCGCCUAUUUCUUCAAGGGGCUGCAACCUGAGUUCCCAGAGCCACGUGCAAGUCGGCCUCAUCAGUGGGCAUGCAGGAGGCACAAGCUGCUCCUCAGGGGAUUGUGAGGUUCACUGUUGAAUGGCAAUGAGUUUCUGAGACUUGGCAAAGGAGAAGUUUCUUGUGGCAGUGUGUCAGAAACAAGGCUUAGGGUGCUCCUUGCCAGGACUUCCACAGGAUAGUCUCCAUAGGCCAGGAUUCGCAGAGGGUGGACCAGAAGGAAGAAACCUCAAGUGAAGGGAUUGCUGGGGAUGCAGCAUGGAAUUCCAGCCUCAGGCCUGUGCCGAGGGAGUGCAGAGGAGUGCAGGGAGCCCCGAGGUCACCAACAAUUUCUCCUCCGCUGGGAUCUCUUGGAAACCCCUCAUCCCAGAGCCUUUGAGAGGUCAGCUCAGCGACUGCCCUCUGCUUCCUUCUCAUCUCCUUUUUGGAGACCUUGGACAGCUUGUAAUGUCUAAAAUUUCCUUGUAACAUUUAAUGGGAGUUCCUGCUGAGGUUAGGAACUCUCUUUCCUUCCUGAUUGCAGCAUAAGCAUGCAGAACCAGGUAGUCUCUUACUAGAAAGACACUUCCAGAUUCUAGGGACAAAACACUGAUGGAACCCACCUAGAAAGGGGUUCUCACUGUCCAGGCCUUCUAGUUGUACAGUCAGAAGCCUGGCAAAAGGAUAGGCCGCCAUCAUGAACGACACAGUAACUAUCCGCACUAGAAAGUUCAUGACCAACCGACUACUUCAGAAGAAACAAAUGGUCAUUGAUGUCCUUCACCCCGGGAAGGCAACAGUGCCUAAGACAGAAAUUCAGGAAAAACUAGCCAAAAUGUACAAGACAACACCGGAUGUCAUCUUUGUAUUUGGAUUGAGAACUCAUUUUGGUGGUGGCAAGACAACUGGCUUUAGCAUGAUUUAUGAUUCCCUGGAUUAUGCAAAGAAAAAUGAACCCAAACAUAGACUUGCAAGACAUGGCCUGUAUGAGAAGAAGAAGACCUCAAGAAAGCAACGAAAGGAACGCAAGAACAGAAAGAAGAAAGUCAGGGCCAAUGUUGGUGCUGGCAAAAAGUGAACUGGAGAUUGGAACACAGCCGAAAAAGUAAAAGUGCUCUCCUCUGGAAUGCUUGACACCCACUCCACUUGAAGAUGUGCUACACACCGUCAAUACCAGCUUGAGCUCCAUGUUAUUCAAAACUAUGUUUUCUCCCAAUUGAACCUAUGAUCAUCUUUGUAUCUUAUAAACUUGCCUAUGGCUGUGUUUAGCUAUUUAAGUGCUUUCCUUUCUUUUCUAUGUAAUUAAUUUUAGCAUUUCAAUGCAGGGUGUACUAGGUUGUUCUUGCAUUGGUAUAAAGAAAUACCUGAGACAGUAAUUUAUAAGAAGAGAGGUUUGAUUGUCUUACAGUUCUGCAAGCUUUACAUGGAACUUGGUACUGGCUUUUAUCAUGGUGAAAGGCAAAGAGUGAAUAGGCACGUCACAUGGUGAAAGCAGGAGCAGAUGAGAGAGGUAGGAGGUGCCACACAUUUUUAAAUGGCCAGAUCUCAUAAAACUCACUUAGUAUCAUGAGGACAACAUUAAGCCAUUCAAGAAGGAUCUGCACCCAUGACCCGAUCACCUCCUACCAGGAAUCACCUUCAACACUGGAGAUUAUAUUUCAACAUGAGAUUUGGGCAGGAGAAACACUCAACCAUAACAUUUCAUCUCUGACCUUCCCUUCAAAUCUCAUGUCCUUCUCACUUUGCAAAAUAUAAUCAUGCCUUCUCCGUACUGCCCAAAAGUCUUAAAUUAUUACAGAAUUAAAUCAAAAGUCCCACAUCUAACUCCAAAGUCUUAUUUGAGACUCAUCUUCUUCUACCUAUAGGCCUGUAAAAUCAAAAUGAAUUAUUCAUUUUCAAGAUACAAUGGGAGUACAGGCAUUGGGUAAACAUUCCUGUUCCAGAAAGAAGAAAUCAUCCAAAAGAAAGGAGUUACGGAUUUCACACAAGUCUAAAACCCAGCAGGGCUAUAAUUAAAUCUUAAAGCUCUAAAAUGAUCUUCUUUGGCUUUGUGUCUCACAUCCAGGGCACACUGGUGCAAGGGGUGGACUCCCAAGACCUUGGGCAGCUUCACACCUGUGGCCUUAUAGGGUUCACCUGCAUGGCUCUUCGCACAAGUUGUUGAGUGCCUGCCCCUUUCCCAGGUGCAGGGAGCAAGCAGCUGGUGGAUCUACCAUUCUAGGGUCUGAAAGACUUGGAGAAUGGGUUUCAUGUGGUAUUAAGCCUGCAGGUGCACAGAAUGUCAGUGUGGUAGAUCUUGGCAACCUCCACUUUAUAAAUAAAAGAGAUUUAGCUUGCUCACAGUUCUGCAGAAUUUGUAGGAAGCAUUGUGCUGGCAUCUGCUCAGCUUCUGGAGAAGCCUCAGGCAGCUUUUUCUGUCAUGGUGGAAGACAAAGGGGGAGCCUCCACAUCAUGUGAAAGCGGGAGUGAACAAAAGGUGGAGAGGUGACACACACUUUUAAAUGAUUGGAUCUCAUGAGAACUCAUUACUACAAGGACGGUACUAAGCUAUUUAUGAGGACGCACCACCAUGACCCAAUCAACUCCCAUCAGGCCCCACCUCCAACAUAGGGAAUUACAUUUCAGCAUGAGAGAUGGGAAAAAUAUCUAACUAUAUUACAUUGUAUUAUACACUUCACAUGGUAGAGAGAAUUUAAUGUUUCUUAAGUAACUAGCUAAUUUAACUUCAUAAUGUUAGAAAAAUGUAUGAAUGAACAAAUAAAAAGCAAACAUGCCAUGACAAAUGCUUCUUUUGGCACAUAUGUUAGCUCCAUCAUCUUAAUUACUGAUUUAAAAAAUGCUUUGAUUCUCCUAAAAUUUUUGAAAUGUUUAAGUUCUUGAUUUAACCCCAGGGCUUCUUGGAUGGCUUUGUGUUAUUCAGACUAAAGGAAUUACAGAAUUUCAGAGCUAGGCACAUGACUUCCUCUUAGAGCAUCUUUUCCCAGUUGUCAUUCAGCUUCCUCUGGACCAUUCUUACUUUGGACUAAAUCAUGGUGAAAUAAGGCAGUUAAUUAUGCUUACAAGCCAAUAUACAAUUAUUAGGUAAUUUUACUGUGUUUUGCUGAAAUAUUUUAAAUUUCCUUUGAUCUCCAUUUAUUUAUUUUCUAUCUUGUGCAGGCACCGUUUUACAUAAAAUGUUUCAUUUAAAGUGGUCAGGUGAUUUAACUAUCUGAGACUUCAGUCUCCUAUUUGCAAUAUUGAUGUGUCAUUUGUAAGUUUAUAAAGAAUUUUAUUUACAAAAGUGUAGAAUAAUGAAAUUUGGGUAAUUGUGUUUUGUUUAAGUCAAUGUACCAUGGUUUGAACAGAACUGUUCUAUCUCUGGAUAAUUAUUACUCAUGUU